CUAGUGUACUGCCCGGUGAGCUACUUCGUACCGCCGUUUUAUGCCGGCCAUUUGUCGGGCUCAACAACUUGGCUCCCUCACCGCCUUCCGCAGUAACGCCUCGCCUCCUCCGCGACGACGAGACGAACCGACAAGAGAAUUCUUCCCAAUUCCCAUCCAAGCCCGGAAGAACCCCGAACCUUGGGACUCGGCCCUGUCUGUCAGGGCACCACCGACCUGGCCGCAAUUUCGAGCGGGCGGACCAGACAGAGGAUAAUAACAGAAAUAACACCGCGACUAACACCGCGACACCAUGUCCGACAAUGUCGGCCUCCCGACGCCGCGCGGCUCCGGAACGUCGGGGUACGUGCAGCGCAACCUGGCGCACAUGAAGCCGCGCGACAGGGUGGCGCCCUACCCGCCCCGCCACAGCAACGACGCCGACGGCAGCGGCCAGCGACACAAGCCGCGCCAGCCGGACAAGGGCCUGCUCGAGCACGACCGCAAGCGGGAGGUCGAGGUGAAGGUCUUUGAGCUGAGGGAUAAGUUGGAGGAGGAAGGGGUCGACGAAGAAGAGAUCGAGUCCCGGUGCGACGAGCUGCGCAAGAAGCUGCUGGCCGAGAUGGAGAAGGGCCAGGAGAGGGGAGGCGGCGGGGUGGGCCUGGGCCCGCGGAGGAACUUCAAGAUGCACCAGGUGCACGAGCUGGCGGACGCCAAGAUCAAGGAGAGCGAGCGGCUGAGGCAGGCGCUCAAGAUCAGCAAGGACUACGAGAAGGGGAGCCAUUGGAAGAAGCAGGAAGAGAGGCUGAAGAAUCGGCUGGAGCAGGAGACGGACGGAGGCAGGAGCGAAAGGGAAAACGACAGGUCUUGAGGCGGCGAGGUCGAGACCCCAGGAUUUCUGUUUUUUUCCUUUUUUUUUCUUUUUUUCUUUUUUCCGCAUUCAGUGUACUGUACGGAGUACAUAAGGGGUGCAGGCGUUUUGGGUGCUUGCUGGCGUCGCGGUUCCUUUUUUUUUUUUUUUUGGGUUGUCAUUGCAUUUGUUCAGCAUGGCGAGAAAAGGGCAGAAGACGACUCAAGUAUCCUUAGGUCGGUAAAAACAUGGCAAGGGGGGGGGGG